AUGACGAUGCCGUUCAGCCCCCUGUCCAGCGACGAGGAGCAACAAAGGAUGCUGGGAAACAAUCGACAUCUCUACCCAGGGGCCGGGGACGAGGAAGAGGAGGAGGAAGAGGAGGAGGAGGAAAUGGAAGAAGACGAGCGUGAUGAGGACCAGGAGGAGGAGAACGGCGAGCUGGAAGGGGAAGAGGAAGAGGAUGAGGAGGAGAUGGUGGAGGAGGUCAGGCGAGGUGGCCUAUUGCGGGGGGGCAGAGGUGAGGGACACAGGCAGUCGGCUAAACCGGCCGGAAGACACACCGGGGGGGGACAGAUUCGGUCAGGGAACCCUGGACACACCACAAACCCCUACUCGGCCAAUCCCGGACCCACGCACCAACAGCCAGCCAAUCACGUACAGCCGCAGCAGCCACAGCCGCAGCAGCCGCAGCCGCAGCCGCAGAGGAGGCUGAAGGAGCGCAGCACCGGCACGGGGCCAUCUGAGGACACCCACGUUGCCAUGAUGGUGUUCCGCAUCGGCAUCCCAGACAUAAAGCAAACGAAAUGUUUGCGGUUUAACCCUGAUGCAACGGUGUGGAAGGCCAAGCAGCAGGUACUGUGCUCCCUGACCGAAUCUCUGCGGGACGUCCUGAACUAUGGUCUGUUCCAGCCCGCCACCGACGGCCAUGAUGCCAUGUUCCUGGAGGAGGAGAGGCUGCUCAGAGAGUACCCACAGUCCUUUGAGAAAGGGGUACCAUAUUUGGAGUUUCGAUACAAAACCAGGGUGUACAAACAGACCAAUCUGGACGAGAAGCAGCUGGCUAAACUGCACACCAAGGCUAGCCUGAAGAAAUUCAUGGAUUAUAUUCAAACCAGCGCUGUGGACAAGAUGGCCAAGUUCUUAGACAAAGGCCUCGAUCCCAACUACCAGGAUGCUGACACCGGCGAGACUGCUCUGUCCUUGGCGGUGCAGUGUGAGCCGGGUGGAGGCGAGGCUAUCCGGGUCCUGGUGGAGGGAGGUGCUCACAUUGACUUCCGCGCCAAAGAUGGACUCACCCCCGUACACAAAGCUGUGCGAGGCCACCGCCAUACAGCCCUGCUGGUCCUGCUCUCUCUGGGUGCGUCUCCGGACUAUAAGGACCGGCGGGGGCUGACGCCGCUCUACCACACUGUGCUGACAGGGGGGGACACCUCCUGCUGCGAAACACUGCUUUACCACCACGCCAAACUAGGCAUCAGGGACGAGAACGGCUGGGAUGAGACACAUCAGGCCUGUCAGCAUGGUAACUCGCAGCAUCUGGAGCACCUCCUCUUCUAUGGGGCUGAUUCUUCCUCCCAGAAUGCCUCUGGAAACACUGCCUUGCACAUCUGUGCUUUGUACAACAAGGAAAGCUGUUCACGAAUUCUACUCUAUCGGGGAGCAAAUAAAGACACCAAGAACAACAAUGGGCAGACCCCCUUUCAGGUGGCUGUCAUGUCCGGCCAUUUUGAGCUGGGAGAAAUUAUCAAAAACCACCGGGAUACAGAUGUGGUUCCCUUUGUGGAGUCUCCAAAGUACGCCCCCCAGAGGAGGGAGAGCACCCGGACUCUGACGAUACCCCACCCUCAACCCUUCCUCCGGGCCAACAGUGACAGCAGCAUGAACUUGCCAGACUGGAUGGCAGUGCCCAACGCCCCGGGGACCAACAUUGUCUCUGUGCAGGGCUACAAGCAUACAGGAACCCUGCGGAGCUCCAGCAGUCCCAGAGGGGCGAGGACGCGUUCUCCGUCCCGAGGAAGGAUCGGAGACAAGGAAGACCGGAGCAGGCAGAGUCGGAGACAGGGGCCUGCUCCUGCCAGUGCAGCUGGACAAACGGCAGGUCAGCGGAGACGCCUCUACAGCGCUGUCCCAGGACGAGUCUUUGUAGCUACUCGAUCCCACUCUGCCCAGGGAGAGCGAGAAAUCAGCUUCAGUAAGGGAGACAGGGUCAAAGUGUUGAGUGUUGGCGAGGGCGGGUACUGGGAGGGAACGGUCAGAGGUCGCACAGGUUGGUUCCCCUCUGACUGUGUGGAGGAAGUGAUGCUUCGGAGUCAAGACAACCGAUCAGAGAGCCGUGGAGAACGAGCCAAAAGGCUGUUCCGCCAUUACACUGUGGGCUCCUAUGACAGCUUUGACGCUCCCAGUGACUAUAUAAUCAAGGAGAAGACAGUGCUUCUGCAGAAAAAAGACAGCGAGGGGUUCGGCUUUGUAUUGAGAGGGGCAAAAGCUCAGACUCCCAUUGAGGAGUUCACCCCCACCCCAGCAUUCCCGGCCCUGCAGUACCUGGAGUCAGUGGACGAGGGCGGCGUCGCCUGGAGAGCCGGUCUCAGGAUGGGGGAUUUCCUGAUAGAGGUCAAUGGUCAGAAUGUGGUGAAGGUUGGUCACCGACAGGUCGUCAACAUGAUCCGGCAAGGUGGCAACAGCCUCAUGGUCAAGGUUGUCAUGGUAACCCGCAACCCCGACAUGGAGGAAGGUUCAAGGAAGAAAAUCCCCCAGCAGAGUAAGAGGCUGAGCACUCCGGCUAUCGCACUAAGAUCCAAAUCCAUGACUUCCGAACUGGAGGAGAUGGUGGAGAGAGCUGCUACCCCUUGGAAAAAAAAAUCAGAAUUCGAAUCCUCACAAGUUACAGAGAAGAAGAGGACAGUCUAUCAGAUGGCUUUGAAUAAAUUAGAUGAAAUUCUUGCAGCAGCUCAGCAGACAAUCAGCACGAAUGAGGCGCCAGGGACACGGGGACAGGGGCCAAAAAGAGACAGAGGACGAAGUUUCUAUGGGAAUGAGCAAACCUACGGGGACCAGUCCGGGAUGGGGAUGAUGCCGUCUGGGUUGGGUCUUGGCUAUGACCGUGGCCAGUACACCUCAGGUCACGGCCCACAGCACGGUAUGCGGCGGCAGAAAUCCUUCGGGGUGCUUGAGGAGGAGAGGCAGUUCCUGCAUCCUCCAGCCAUGAAGUUUGCUCGCAGUCUGUCAGUGCCGGGCCCAGAUGACAUCCCUCCUCCUCCCACCACAGCUCCACCAGAGCCUCCAUUCUCCUCUGCUCCGCCACUAGGUUGGAGAGCGAAGUCAUCCCAGCAGCCUGUCUCUGUGUCCCAGUCAACAGCCACAUCUGCCCACUACCAGCCCUUCUCCCAGCCAGUGCAUUUCACCCACGGGGGCAGGGAAAGGGCAGGUGGUCCCAACACUGGCCCCAGUGGGGGAGCGGUGGACCACACAACCUCGUAUGCACACGCAUCUGCCCAUACCGCUCAAAGCAGGACUGCUUCGCGGAAGGUUGCCUAUUCUGGGGAGCCUGUUGGAGGCGGCGCAGGGGCUGGUGGAGGAGCCAAGACAGCAGGUCUUAGGAGAGGCUACAGCACCGCCGUCCCCCCAUCUAGCAUUGCCACUGUAAUGCCCCAGCAACAACAGACUACCCAGAGUCAACCCCAACGUGCAGAACGCAGUGCAGCCGGGUCUGGAGCAGGCGGUCCAAAAGGAGGGGCCCGGAGAGGUAAGGUACCCCUGGUGAAACAAUCCAAGGUAGAGGACCUACGCGUGGGCCAGGGUACCCUAGGGGGCAAAACCGCAGUGGAGAAAAGCUCCAUUCCCAUCCCCACCAUUAUCGUCAAGGCCCCUUCAACAAGCAGCAGUGGACGCAGCAGCCAGGGCAGCAGUGUGGAGGCCGACGCUCCUGCAUCAGGAGAGACAGAUGAAGCCAAAACACCACACGGUCCUCCUCCCUCGACUCCUGCUCCACAGCCCCCGGCCCCGCCUUCCAUCCCAGCACCGCCGCCUCCAUCCUUGCCUUCCAUGCGAGCCCAGGACAAUAUGGACUUCACCAGCCAGUUUGGGGCCGCCAUUGUUGGUGCAGCUCGUCGAGACAGGGAGCGGUUUCAUGAAGCCCGCAGAAAGAGCGCCUCCUUGUUCAUGUCUGUUGAGGAUGAUGUGAGUCUUGGGGGAGUGAGUGAUGGAAUGACAAGGACUCAAGUGUCAGAGCAACAGCUUAGCACACAGGCUGAAAGUUCAUCAACACGGCUGCGCCCCUCCAAGUCUAUUGACGAGGGCAUGUUCUCUGGGGACACUUUUAUCCAUCACACCCGCAGUAUGCCUCCUGCCUUUGGCCUUCCUGAGUACUCCUCACCUGCCCUGGACUAUCAGCCUAAGUCUGUGCCUACUGACUUGUACACAACAGCAGGCAGGCAGACAACGCCCUCCGGUACAACCACCUUUAUUCACCCUCUGACAGGAAAGGCCCUUGACCCCACAUCGCCACUAGGCCUCGCCCUGGCUGCUAGAGAGCGUGCUCUGAGGGAUGACAGCAGGUUAAGGAGGGGAACAGAACACCACUUCACCCGCCAGAUGUCGAGCGGGGUGUUUCCUUCAUCUACUGUCACCUCUCAGCCAGUGUCGUCCACCGCCCAGUCCUCCAGCUCCUCGUACCUGGUCACCUCUUCUUCGCUGGCUGCUACCACAGCCAGUGUUGGCCGCCCACCCUCACCCAGAAUCCUCCGAGGAGUUGGGAGUGUGUGGAGUGAGGAAGGCGGUGGAGGAGAGAGGGAGCGUGAAGGAGGAGGGGCUCGUGAGGGGCUUAGAGUUCGCUUCUCUGAGGACAAAACGGUCCACACGCACCACUACCAGUCUCAGCCGUAUCAACCAACCUACAAGGAGAGGGAGCGGGAGAGGUCGAGAGAGCGGGAGAGGUCGAGGGAGCGGGAGAGGGAGAUGUCGAGAGAAAGAGAGAGGGACAAAGAGAGAGAGGGUUACAUGAGGAGGGCAGAGCAAGCUGCUGCCAAUGCGGCAGCUGCUGAUAGCUCUGCUCAGCAGGGGUCCCACCCUCAGCAGCCCGGGAGACCCUCCUUUCUCAGGAUGGAAAGUCAAGCUGAUGCCUAUAUCUUGUCCCUCACCCCUCCCUCACCUCCACCUACCAGUACUCAGCAGACAGGGAGCACUACUGGGAGCACUAGUAGUGGUCUGAUGGUCCUUCCUCCCCCUGCCCCCUCAGUUGAUGCGGACGAUGAGUUUGUCUACGCAGACCCUCUCCCGCCUCCAUUACAGUUUGCCAACAGCUUCGACAGGGGGAUUGGAGGAUUAUCAGGGUACUCACAACAUGGGAUGCGCCCAAACAGCCUGACCUCCCGCCAACAGCAGGUCCCACCCCCUCCUCCUCCACCUCCUCCUCCACCCCCACCCCCUCCACCAAAAGAACCAUUUGGAAGUGGGUUUCCGGCUCAUACACCCCUGCAUUCUCCUCAGGCAGGGGACUCCACCGCCUCCAGCCUCACAUCUUACGACAGUGAGGUAGCUAACCUGACUCAGUCUGCUCCCUCCCCCUCCCAAACAUCGCCCAACCCACCGCCCCCUCACUCGCCCUCUACCCUGCAGCCCACCUCGACAACGGGACCUCCGCCUCCCCCGUCAGUCUCACCACCACCUCCUCCUGGAUCCUAUCACAGACCCUUCUCCAUGUCCCAUCCCCACCACCUUUACAACAGCUCUCAUACUUCUGGGCGCUCUUCCCCCACGCUUCCCCCACACACAGUCGCACCUCCCCUGGGCUACCGUGGUUCUCAAGCACCCUCCUCCACUGUUGCCACCUCCGCUCCAGUUAGGGGCAGUUUCUCACAUGCCACGACCGCUAGCUGUGCCACUACAACCACCGCUGCUGCCACCACAACAUGCACCUCCACUCAGCUCUACCAUGAGCGCACACACACCACACAUACAGCGUCCUCCACCGCUAUCACGGGCAGUCGCAGGAUAGGGGAGCACCACCGUCCUCACCCCACUACCAAGAAAGGAGAGUCCCAGGAGACGGUGGUGGACUCUGGGAUUGAAGAGCUGGACAGCCGUAGCAGCAGUGACCACCACCUGGACAGCAUCCUGGCCAGUGUCCGGGGAGACAGGCUGGACCGAGGGGAGAGAGGAGGACGAAUGGGAGGAGGAGGUGGGACAGGGGAAUCAGAAAGGGGAGGAGAUUUUCUGGAGUCUUACAUGAGCUACCUGGACGGACAAACUUUUGAGAUGCAGAAUGCUACAGCAGCAGCCUCCACUUACCCAAAAACUAAUAGGUUCAGAGAGGGAGGUCGCACCAGUGAUCUACACAGACAGACCAGCACCGCUCCUGCAUCCUUUCACUCCCACAGACGAAGGGAUGAGCAGGAAGACGACGAGGAGGGGGUGGACGUAAGCAGCCGCGAUGGGUACGGGGUGAGGGACAUGCAGAAUUUGGGACGUCCCAUUUCACCGUACUUUGAUCGCCCUCGCACUCCUGAGAUGAAUCCUCUCUGGGGCGAUGGGCAGAUGUCGGGUGACCAGUCCGCGGCACUUUUAGAGGGGAAAAAGAUUUACCCUCCUGCUUCCAGUAUGAAGCCCAGCAUCAUAAAUGAGCUGAACAAUAAACUGCAGCAGAGAACCAAGGACUGGAGCAGCCAGAGACCAUUGGGCAGGCACAGGCACAGAUUUUCAGAAGACUCAGCUUCGGCUCUGAGCCCCCCCUCAGCUCGAUCCCAGUCACCAUCUCCGAUUUCAUUAUCGCAGCCAUCGUUAUCCCCGUCCCCUACCCCUACCUCCCAGUACACCAACUGGGGUAGAUCUCCAUCUCCUCAACCUCCAGCUGCCUCUCAGCCUCCACGUUCGCAUUCCCCGCUUUCCCCAACAUCUUAUUCCCCUUACCCCACUUCCCCAAAACACAGACCUGUCUACCGAACCAAAGCCCUAGAAUUCCAGUUCAUCCCAAGUCGCGAGUCCCGUAAAGCAGAAUCACACAUGUUCCAGCGUAGGCGAGCACCCAGCCCACUCAUCUCCCCGUCAGAGAGGCCCAAGCUGGGUCCACCACGACCGUCAUCCCUGCCGCUCCUCCCCACCACACCUCUCUACAGUGCAAUGUACGAUCUCCGAGGUUCAAUCACGCCGCCAUCACCUGGGAACCCUCUUGGAGAUCCUUACUUCUCGCCCUCUCCUCCCCUGUUUGCCCCGUCUGGUGCCCCACCUCCUCCGAACUCAGCCUUAGUUGUCUCUCGAUCCCUCUCCCCAACUCACUUCCUGUCUGGUACCUCCUCUCCGCCCCUGCACCCUCUCCCUCCACCUACAUGCCUGAGUUACCCUCAUCUACCGCCACCUUCCCCUACAAAGCCUUUUGCCUCCAAGCCGCUGCCCUACUGGACCAAGUAUGACGUUGCAGACUGGCUAGGAUACCUGAACCUGGGUGAGCACAGAGAGCGUUUCCUGGACAACGAGAUUGACGGCACCCACCUGCCCUCCCUAACCAAGGACGACUAUCUGGACCUGGGUGUGACACGUGUUGGCCACCGAAUGAACAUAGAACGGGCCCUGAGGACCGUAAUGGACAGGCUGUCCAGUAGCCCAUUUCCCAUUUCGGUCCUCUCACCUCGAGAAGGACAGACUGAGAGGAGGAGGGACGAGCUGAGGUUGCAAACGCAGAGGCAGAAAGAGAGAGAGAGAGAAUAA